AUGAGUGUUAGGGCAGCACCGCCUGUACAAUCCGAAAACUUGUGGACGGAAACACCGCUGGUCUAUUCCAGCCAUAUUUCCGAUAUCAUCGGAUGUGCUGCCUACCUAAAACUGGAGAAUCUGCAACCUUCUCAAUCCUUCAAAUAUAGAGGCAUCUCUAGAUUCGCGCAACAAUCCAAGGAGAAGCAUGGCUCUUCGGUGCAUCUGAUGAUCGCUUCGAGCGGAAAUGCAGGUCUGGCUGCGGCAAUGACAGCACGUGCUUUGGGAGUGAAAUGCACGGUGUUUCUUCCAACCGAUGUAAGCGUUGACACGCAGCAGGCUCUACGAAAGCAGGGCGCCGAUAUUGUGACAAUUGGGGAGAUCUACUCCCAAACACUCGCCGCGCUCCGAGAUGCAGUGAAGAAAGAUAGGAAUGCUGUUUUAGUGCCAUCGUACGAUUCGCCUGUCCUUUGGGACGGUCAUUCAUCCAUGGUGACCGAGAUGCAGAGACAACUUCCCAGGCAACCGGAUGCUAUAUUUUGCAGUGUUGGCGGAGGAGGUCUCGUCGGAGGUAUCAUGCAAGGCUGCAAGAAUGUUGGGUGGGAUGAAGUGCCUAUCGUGGCGCUCGAAACCGCUGGCUCGAACUGCUUUUACAAUGCCAUCGCCGUCAACACACGGAACUUUACUUCUAAAGUCCCCGGCAUACCUUCCGCUGAAGUAGAGGACAGUGCACCGUAUGCCGUGGAAGUUGUUGACGAACAUAAUAUCGCAAUACCGCACAUGAAAUCACUGAAAUCAAGAGCAGCCUCGCUAGGCGCAUCCUCAGCAGCUCCUGGGGUAGUUAGAAUGGCAGUCGAUCGUGCCGGGGGAAUAACAUGCGCAUCCAUUCAAGACGAGAUGGCUAUGCACACAGCAAGAUUAUUUGCAGACGACCACAAAAUGCUGACGGAACUCGCUUGUGCGACAACUCUGACUCCUGGAUACAAUCGCGACUUUCUCUUGCGCAUCCUUGGGCCAAAGUUUUCGGCGCUUUCUCCAGAAGAGAGGAAGGAAAAGUGCCUAGUUUUUGUGGUGUGCGGUGGGGUCAAAAUCUCUUUCGAGGAAAUGAGGGAGUUCGAAGAGAUUGUCGCAGCCGCGCAGGUGGAAAGACACUGGCGUGUGCAAAUUGACGGUGAAGAAAUUCAGGUGCCUAAGCAAUGA